GCAGAAACAAAGCAAAGCUGUCUUGACUGUCAAAAACACAUGCAGUGUUAUCCCUCCAAACUACACAGAUUACCCGAAGCUCAAGUAAGCCAAAAAUGAAUCUGGAUUCCACACCUACAUGUCGCAUCAGAGAGAGUUGCACUAGUUUUUGUUUCGAUUUGAAGACUCUGUCAUUUUAUGACAGCGAAGGUUGUUGAAGCAUGUUAGUUUAUGAUUUUAAGUAGUGUUGUGUGUUUUGUUAUUUUCCAAUGGUGGCUACAAAUUCAAUGGGGGUGACGCGUAGCUCUCUGGAGCUGAUGCUGGAUAAAAUCCAACAGAGGGAGGCUCAGCCCAAGGAUGUUCCGCCAGCGUUGCCCAUCAGGCCUGCGUCGAGGGCCCGGCUGCCGCGUGCUAGGCGGCCGUUGCAACUCGACUUCGAAAGGAAGAAUUCUGCAGGGGUUGGUUUUGAGAGCGCACGGACGAAGAAAGAAGAUUACUCUGAAUCGUUUCAUCAAGAAGAGAAAGCAGAGUGUGAUGGGCUUGCUGCGCAUCGUGUUCAGAAGGAGGAGAUUGAUUUAUGUGAUAAUUCAAAAGAAAAAUCAGGAGCAUCUAACAUUCAGAAAUGGUACCGCGGUCAUAAAGUUCGAUGCUACUACAAGGAGCUUAGAAGAGGAGUAAUUGAACUGCAAUCAUUCGUUCGUGGUGAAAAUGCACGAAGGAGUUACAAGUACAGGAGCACAAGGCUUAGGGCUAUUAUACUAAUACAGAAACACAUGAGAAAGUACUUUGAACAUCGAGUAUUAGAAGAUGAGCAUGCAGCAGUCAUAAGCUUGCCCUCUGGUUGUCAGGAUCCAAGACGUUCCAACGGAACCAUGCACGAGCGGAUGUUAAGAACAGACGAAGCUGGAGACAGCAAGAACCUAGGACUGGUGGCGGACCCAAAGGAUCGGAUACAGGUUCCAUACGGUGUCCUCAUCGAUCUUCAAAAGCAAGUUUUGAGGUCAGAGGCCAAAGUCAGAGAAAAGAAAGAGGAAAAUACUGCUUUGAAGUUACAACUUCAGGAAAUGGAGAAGAAAUGGCAGCAAUAUGAAGAGAGGAUGAAAUGCAUGGAGAAGUCAUGGCAAGAUCAGUUCACUUAUAUUCAAAAGUGUCUCGCUGCAGCCAAGAAGAAUCCAGCUCCUGGAAGCAGACGUGCGCAAUGUAAUUCUAUGCAACGACAUUGUGACCAAAAUCAUGAUACUAGUACUAUAGUAUCUGGACUUCCAAACGGGGGCAGUCUGGAUUUCUCAAUGAAUUGUAUUAGUCAUCACCAAGUGGAUCGACACGACUUAGCAUACAGUGAGGACAGCACUGAAAUUGGACCGGAGAUGCAGGUUUGCAGCAAAUUGCAUCCUCUGGAGGAGCUCCGUAAACUGAAACGUAGAUUCAAAACCUGGAAAAAGGACUACAAAAAUAAGUUAAGGGAGGCACAAGCAACAUUCAAAAAGCUCGGAAAUUCUGAAAAUGCAAGAAACCAAAAGAACUGGUGGGUGAGAUUAUCACAUUGAGCCAUUGUCUGAUAUUGACAAAGAGGUUAGAUCAGUAGUUGAGGUUAUGUGAACUAUGUAGUAAAUAUGAAUAUACACUGUAUAGAAAUUAGUAUAAAAUUCUGUUUUGUGAUGAAUGUCAUUCUUGUAUUGUUUUCCGUUGUUCAAAUUAACAGUCAUCAUAGAUGUAGCUGGCGCAGAAUCAGAUCCAGCGUUGGGGUUUUGAUUGAAAACUUUGAAGAUCACAAAUAUUGAAGGAAGCCACUUCCCUAAUGAAAGAUCCUUUUGUAGACUUGGUUCGUAUCAGGGCGGAUUUUUUAUGAAUAU